UUCACUGAGCAAUGAUUAAGCUUGAUAGCUCCGCAACAACAGAAAAGUUAUAUCCAAAUUGCGAUGAAACAAUUUGGUCACGUUCGUGUGAUGAAGAAAUUCUUGAACCAAUCCCCGGGAAAGUGUCGGGAGAAAUACCUUUGUGGAUUAAUGGGAGUCUCUUGCGAAAUGGACCGGGAAAAUCAUCAUUUGGUUGUGAUAAAUUCAAGCAUCUUUUCGACGGUUCAGCUCUUCUGCAUAGAUUUGCCAUUGCCGAUGGCUCAGUAACUUAUCAGUGCCGUUUCCUCCAAACAAAUUCCUAUUUGAAAAAUUCAGCUGCAAAGCGAAUUGUUGUGACGGAAUUUGGUACAAAGGCCGUUAAAGAUCCUUGCUUAUCAAUUUUUGAAAAGUUCUCCGGGCUAUUUAAUACAGGAGACAGUAUGUCAGACAAUGCAAUGAUCUCUAUUUAUCCUUUCGGUGAUGAAUUAUAUGCUUUUUCUGAAUCCCCGGUGAUGUUCAAAUUCAACGAAAGAAACCUUGAAACUACGAAAAGAGUUAAUCUCAGUCGAGAAAUUGGAAUAGUUCAUCAUACAUCACAUCCUCAUGUGCUUAGUAAUGGAUGUGUUUACAACUUGGGAACGAUCGUUACCAAAUUCGGCCCAAAAUAUUGCAUUGUUGAAUUUCCUCAGGGAAAAGACUUCAAUGAAGCAAAAAUAGUAGCUUCGAUAUUUCCGCGAAGGAAACUCAACCCCAGUUAUAUGCAUACUUUUGGGAUUACGGAGAAUUUUUUCAUUCUCAUUGAACAACCCCUGGCAGUCUCUGUAAAGCUCAUGAGUCAGACUCUUUGGAAAAAUGACCCCCUUAUUGAUUCUUUGCGGUGGUUUGGCAAGAAGACGACCAAAUUUCACAUCCUGUCGAGGAAAUCAGGUCAUACUGAGCGAUCUUUCUACGCCGUAACGUUUUUCUUUUUCCACGUAAUAAACUCAUAUGAAGAAGACAAUCACAUAGUAGUGGAUAUUUGUUGCUACGAAAAUCCAGACAUAAUAAAAGGAAUGUAUUUGGACAGUUUCAGAACAAUGCAAACUAAUCCAAACUACAGCUCAAUGUUUCAAGCAAAACCACUCAGAUUUGUCCUACCACUGAAUGAAAAGGAAGAUCAGAAAAAUUGUAAUUUGAUCAAAUUGAAUGGUAGUAAAGCUCAAGCGAAAAUACAAAAAAAUGGAAGGAUCCUAUGUAUUCCUGAAGAGCUGUGUGAGACAUCAUGUGAUCUACCUAGAAUCAAUUACAGUAAUAACUCUGGACUAAAUUAUCGCUAUUUCUACGCAAUGAGUUCUGACUUUAGCAAUGGAGGAAGUAUAAUAAAGGUGGAUGUGAAGAAUAAAACUCAAACAACAUGGAGUGAAAAAAAUUGUUAUCCAGGUGAACCAGUCUUCCUAUCAGCCCCAAAUGCUACUUCUGAGGAUGAUGGGGUAGUCCUGUCUGUACUUCUUAGAGGAAACAAUCAAGAGAACCACGUAGAGCUUUUGGUUUUGUGUGCCAAAGACCUCAAAGUACUCGCACGAUAUGAAUUUAUUACACCGAGUCCCGUUCCAAGGUGUGUACACGGAUGGUUUAAAUUUGAUAAUUAAAUAAAUAUUUUUUACUAUUUUUGUGAUAAUUUACAAUCAAAAGUAAGUAAGGUAUUGUAAUAGUUUAUUUUGGAUUGGUUUUAAUUUUUAAUAAAAUAAUAUACCUAUC